AUGGAUAACUACGGAACACCAGAGAAGAAGAUAACCUUGAGCCGUUCAGAGCUGCAAGCUAUCUAUACUCUUGUCCAGCGUACAGAAGUAUAUCAGAUGCGUGCUGAGUCGAUCCAGAGACCGAUUGCCGAAUGGUGCGGCAAGCGGGAUUUGGACGUCAUAGAGCUUGUGGAGAAGUUCAAACGGCCCAAUGAUGCAUUGACAACAGAAGUUCGCGACAGCCUCGAAAACAAUGUCGUAGCCAAAGCACGAGCAACAUACUCCGCUCAACGUUUAUGGGCCACCGCCGCACCUUCUGCUCCAGGGUCAUACCCUGUUGCACCCUUGGCAGGCCCCGAAUUCGCAAUCCAAGCCCCCCAGGAGCUCCGACUACCCGCGAGUCCACCCUCUACACCCUGA